AUGGAAGUAUUUCCAUGCGAAAAAGCCUUCUAUAAGAAUAUCUUUGAAAAAAACACAAGUUUUGAUGAUAAAUGGGAGGCAGGGAAUGGAUUUGAACCAAAUAACUUAUAUUCUAAACACUCUGAAAUAUAUCAAGACAAUUGGUAUCCUAAAAUAAAGUAUGAAGAAACAAAGAUUAAGGAGCUUUCAGAAUCUAAUUCACCGAUUGCAUUGACAGGGCGUAUUGUAAAUAUUUAUGAAAUAAAUAAUCAAAAAAAUAUAGAAAAUACUUUAAUAUUAAUCUAUAUAAAGGAUGAAACAGAUGUUGUUGAGGUUAAAUAUUGGUUAAACAAAAGAAAUGUUAAGGAAAUUCAUUAUAAUUUAAAAAUUGAUACAUUAUGUACAGCCUUUGUAACAAAAACAUGUAUAAAAAAGGAAGACAUAUCUAGAUUUAAAAAAGCAUCAACAGUUCCUUUUUAUGUUAUAGUUUCAGAUGAUAAUGAAAUAACGCAUCUUUCAAUUUUUAAAAAUCAGGACAAAAUCUAUAAAAAACCAUUAAAAAUUCAGAAAGAUUGCAUAAUACAGGACUUAAUGUCAUUGUCUACGUUUAUUAAUGGAGGAUAUAUGGCUAUUUCUAAACCAAAAGUAUUAGUAUCUAUUAGAAAGAUUGGAAAUAUAAGAAAGAUAAAUACAAAGAAUGGCUAUUCGGAUAUGAUUGAAUUGCGUGUUUUUGAUGAUACAUAUGAUGCCGUCUUAAUUUUAUGGGGAAAUAAUGCAAAAUCUGCUGAGUUAUGGACGCCUUUUGAUACAAUACUCCUUCUCACUGAUGUUUCUUUAUCAUUUCGUUGUGAAAAGGCGUAUCUUACUUUCCAGAAAUAUUCAAUAGUUGAAGUUAAUCCAGAUAUGGAUAUAGAGUGGCUUCGAAAAUAUUCUACUGAUAUAAGUAAUAAAGUAUCAGAUAUGCAUAAAUUAUCUCUUGAAGAUAGAAUUAUAAGUACAUCACCUACUAUGGCAACAUAUACUCUUGCUGAGAUUGAUACCAUGAUUCGUUUAAAUCCAAAAGAACCUAUCAUUGGUUUCAUUAAUGUUCUUAUUGUUAAGACUGCUAAGCUUUCAACACUUCGCUCUUCUAAUAAAAUUUUUGUUGGAAAAUGCUGUGACAAAGUUAUUAAUGCUUUAGAUAACAAUGUUAAAUGUUCUAUCUGUCACCAAAAAAUAAAGCUAUUCAAUGAUUCGUUCAUCAUCGGGCUUUUAGAUGAAUCAGCUCAGCUUUUAUAUCCUAUGUUAAAUCUUUAUAAUUCCAGUAAUUCUGAACUUGAUGAUUUUUCAGACACGAUUCUUUAUUCUAGAAUAUUGUUUCUCUUUGGAAUUGAAAGAAAUGAUGAUAUUUGGAAGGUUAAUUUAAUAAAAAUAGUAGAUAAUAUAAAAUAG